AGGCCUCAGAAAAGGUUCAGUGUGGUGAACGUAUUUCUUGGAAUUUGAGUGAAAGCUUCAAAAUGUUCAUUCGGCUCGCAGUUGUUGCAUUUUUUGUUUUUGCCGUGGCUUUUGCGCAAGAUGUCCCCAGCACUCUUGCCCCGACCAAUAGCACUACGAGUGUAACCAGUACAACUCCGUCGACGAAUACAACAACGCCUUUAACAACUACAACAACUACAACAACCACAACAACCACGGCACCCACAACUACAAAGCCUGCGCCUGCUCCAGCACCUGUUCCUGCGCCGCCUGCACCCCAGAAGGUGGAAGCCGGAACGUGGAAUGUAACAAAUGCGAAUGGUACACAAGUCUUCCGUGCGCAUUUUGGACUGCGCUUCACGAUUCCCUACAAACAGACGAAUGGAAGCUUCGUGAACGGCACCGUUGUCCUGCCGACUUCUGCUCUAGCUACUGGAAGCGACGACUCGCUGACGCUCUUUUGGCCGACUUCCAACAUGACCAGUGGCACGAACACCGUUGUUAUGAAGUUCGUCAAGUCCACUGCAGUGAACGCAACGAAAGAAGAGUUCCAUUUGUCCACUUUGACGGCUACGUUGAUUGUGGAUCCCGCGCGAUUCCCCGCAGCAAGCAGUGUUACACCAUUCUCCUUUUCGCUCAAGCCUGAAGUUGCUGCUGCAUUCGUGCAUGCUCCUGUGGAUACCUCCUAUCGAUGCUACUCGGAGCAGACAUUUGCCUCGAAUGCUACCGGAACUGUUGACGGCUAUUUGCUGUUUAAAGACGUUCAAGUGCAGCCCUUCAUAACUGCGCCUGCAACAGGCUUCGGCGCGGCGACGACUUGCUCGUUGGAUCGUGGCCUGACGUCUGACGUGGUUCCGAUUGCUGUUGGCUGUGCUCUGGCCGGACUUGUGAUUGUCGUUAUUGCCGCCUACAUCAUCGGCCGCCGUCGUUCACGCCAGAACGGCUACACUUCCGUCUAAAAAAAGUUUGCGGGACUAACAAAUGCGAAGCGGGAAAUCAUUGGGAGCUGAGACGGUAAAAAUUUUGGAUGCUUGGUUCUCGGGUAUGAAGAUCGUCGUCCCAUUGCCAAUGUAGCGAUUGGAAAAUAAGUAUCCGUUUUUUUUUUUGUAAAAUAGACCUUUUUUUCUGUUGAGAAAACGUCAAAUGAAAAGAGGUGGAUGGCAUUUUAUUUUGCUGGGGAUGAACAGUUAUCUUGAUUUGAGAGAAGCCUGAGAUUCAGAAUCUGUGAUUCAAGUGCAUCCGAGCGUUUGAACAUCUGUUGUAUAUAUAUCGUAUAUCUUGAAUAUUUCUGUGGUCAACAUUUUUCUGAGGCUACCAUAAGUCUAGCACUCGGGAUGAGUAGAGCUGUCAAACUAAAGAUAAUUCCACGGAAUCAUUUUUUGAAGAUGCCAUGAUUUAAUCGAACUGAGUUUAUGUACGGAAUGUCAUUUCACGGUGGAGAAUGAUGUUUCAGGUCUUUCUCACGUCUUUGAGUUAAUACAUUUUUACGCCCGCUGUUUGAAGCUGUCCGUUAUUUUUUGUAUUCGAAUGCGAGCAGUGAUUUAUCUCUCCCUUCAUGGUAUUUUGUUGUUGUUUCAUUUGUUCAAUGUUCUUAGUGUGAAGAAAAGAGCUAUCGAUUUCGGAGAAGAAGUUCCGUCGAUUCGAAUGAUUUUAGAAGGCGUAUUUUGCGAACGAAACCUUGAUCCAGUAUCGAGAGCCUUCGGAUCGCGAAUCGUGGACGUUGUUUUGGAAUCAGUUCGGGUGAAAGGGCCGAUUAAAAUUUUUGUGAAUCUGAAUGAAGGAUGGUGGAAAAGCCUUUUUUUUAAAUUGACCAACUCGUUUAAGACUGCGUGUUUUUUGAUCAAUCGUAGAUUCAAUGGGAACGUUGGCAAUGUUUCGGUGCGAGUGUCAUUUGCGGAGGGACCAUCACUUCGCUUGUAGAUAUUGUGGUUGGGUCUUGUUUAAACUGGGGGAUUUUUAUUAUAGCUUCUUCAUUCUCAUUCUUUCCGUCGAUGAGCGCGAUUGGUGUUUAGAGCUAAAUAAAGCGAUGCUUUCUUUUUAAA